AUGGAAAGCUCACAAUCAAGGUCUCAAAAAUCAUGCAAGUAUCGCACUAGGAUGAACAAUAGCCAAUUAGACGAGAACGAUUGUUGUGAUGAUGGUCUCGUCUUUUCUGAUGAUAUUGAUUAUCAUGAGGAGAGAACAAGGAAACUCAAUAUUCUUAAAAAGAAAGAAGAGAUCGUGAGCGGUGUAAAGUCAAUCGCACUCCAUGCCGCCACCGCAAUCCCCUCCGGCGAGUCAUCUUCCCCCAAGGUUGAAAUAUCAUACAUGGACACCUUUGUCUGCGGCCUCCAGCUUGAUCAUCAUGAUGAAUAUUCUCACAACCAUAAGCCUCAGUUUCUAAAGCAAGAAGCUGAUUCUGAGAAAUUAGAAGCAAAAGACGAUGCUGAUGAAUCAGAAUUAAAUGAAGAUGGAAAUCGAGUGGUAAUCAAGGAUGAGAAAAAAUUUCCGGCUGAUGGAACUAUACGUGAAGCUGCCAUUGGAAAAGGGUUAUCUGGUGCCCUAAAUUUGCUCAGAGAUCGAAGAACCCUAACAGAAGAAGAGGAGGGCAAGAAAAAGAGAAAGCUCGAGACGACAAGUCAUCAUCAUGUAGCUAAACCUAAAAGGUUACAUGAUUAUCAGGAAGAGGAUAUUCGAAUUGAGAGAACCGAUGAGUUUGGGGGAAGCUUGACAGAGAAGGAAGCUUAUAAGAGAUUUUGUCAUACCUUUCAUGGGAAAAAAUCUGGGGCAAGGAAGCAAGAAAAGCGCAUAAAAAAAUUCCAGAGAGAACAGAAACUGGAGAAGGAUACACCAUCACUCUUUGCGGAGAGGAUGAAGGAGACUCAAGCUCGACUCCAGACACCCUAUAUUGUCCUCAGAGGAAAAUAA